GGCAGGCUGAAGACCAUUUAGUCACUGGACAGUGCGUGCGCCAGUGAGAACCCUUUUUGGACUCCUUCUAAGGAGGUGCAUCCGGAAUCUGAAGACCUGAGGUGCCAUGCGGGACCCGUGUCGUAUAUGUGGUGUUCGUCUGGUGGGCAGCCAGUGUCGCUGGAUCUUCAGCUCAUCGGCACAAAGGAAGCUACAAGUCAUCUUGUCCCACGUGCUGGGCCGGGAGGUGACCCGUGAUGGUCAAGGGGAGUUCCUCUGUGGAAAGUGUGUGUUCCAGCUGGAGAAGGUGGUACACUGUGAUGUUAACAUCAGCCAGCUUCAGGAAAAACACAACGGUCAGAUCCAGAAGAUGCAGGCGGAGAAAGACCACCUGAGCCAGUGCAUCCGCCACAUCUACAACAAAAACAACCCGAGCCUGAACAAGAGUUGCGUGGAGAGCACCAGUUCCAAGACUCUACUCGGGUCCUCUGGUGUGGGCAAUCCUGAUGAUGAUGAUGAUGAUGAUGAUGAUGCUAUAUGUCGCCUGGCCUCUGAAGGACAGUUGUCAAGGAAGAGUGGAAGUGAUCUCACGGAGAACCGCAUGAGAAGGUGCGUGAGCCUGGAUCGAAUUGUUAGUCAAGGAGCAUUUCCAGGGCGGCCGAGCCUCAGGAGCAGCAAGCUGGGAUCAGCGACUGGGCUGGAUGGCUCUACGAAGAGCUCUGGUCUUCGAGGAACACGCCACCGUUCGCACAGCAUGUACCUUGACCUGGUCCAACGGAAGGGAAUUCUACCCCGACCUGAAGUCAAAGGUCGCUCCACAUCCCUGCAUUCCCUCAAUAGAGACCUUUCCUCAGACGCCCCUCCAGACCCUCCACCCAAACUGAAACUCCGAGAGCCCACGGUGUUUGUUGUCAGACACGGUGCCAUCGAUGACCCAGAAGGAGAGGUUCAGGCGACAGCGCUGCGCCGCAGUUCCUCGAGUCAGCCCUCUGUGAUCUCUGACCUGACCCAGCUCCUGCGCUGCAUCUCGAGGCGACAUGUCGCUGCCCCCGCAGGGAGCCACAUCCCUGUCCUGAAGAGGUUAAAUACAGGCCCUCCUAACCCCCGAGCGAAGCACAGACACGGAGAGGCGAAGUGGAAGUCUCUGCGUGAUCUGACAGAGGAAUUUGAUGAUAAAUACAACCCUGUCAGAGUGGUGGAGAGUGACGUCAGGCGAGUGGAGUCCUUCAAUAAGCAGCUGUCCGAAGAGCUCACCCAGGCCAAAAGCAACAAUGACAACCUCACUAAAACACUGGAGGAAACACAGAAUCAAAACAAGAGCCUGUUGGGGAAAUUGGAGGAGAAGGAGAAUGAUCUGAACUCUGAGAAGAAAAAUGCUCUGAAGCGAGACAAAACUAUCCAGGGGCUUACUCAGGUCUUCAAAGAAAAGGAAAAACAGAUUGCAGAGCUGUGUCAUGAGAUUGAGGACAGGGAUGACGCUUUGGCUAAGGCUAGAGAGGCAGCUCAUAAGGCCCAACUGCAGAAAUACCAGGGGGUAGAGGAGCACCAAACUCUAUUGAUGGCAAAGCAAACGGAGCUGGCGCUACUCCAGGGGGAGCAUCAUGCCAAGGUGCUCGACGGCCAAAAGCUACAGCGUGGCCUCGACAGGAAGGAGCAAGAGCUGGCUGAGUUGCAGCAGGCGAAGGACCAGCUCGAGGUGGAACGAGAGGACCUGCAACAGCAGAAGAAGAAAGGAGACAAGGCCCUGAAUGAUCUGAACAAUCAGCUUAAAAAGCUGAGUGGGGAGAUCGGAGAUAGAGAAAGUGCUCUGGAGCAGCAGUACCAGGAGAUGCUGGAUCAGACCAAAAGGAAACUGCAGACCCAUGAGGUCACCAUCCAGCGGCUCACAUCCACUCUGACCGAUAAAGAGCAGCAGCUACAGGAGUACAUAAACAUGGUCCCAGACUUUGAGCAGAGCAAAAGUCCAGGAGGAAACGAUCACGUGCUUUCCAAGCUGCGGCACAGGCUGAAGGAAAAGGAGACGGCUCUGGAGGACGCGCUGGACGAGAAGUUUGCUGCCAUUGAGGAGAAAGACAAUGAGAUUCACCAGCUGCAGCUGUCUCUUCGCGAGAGAGAGAGAGACCUGGAUAGGUUCAGCAACUUGCUCUCUCACAACGAGGAAACCAUCAAUAGUUUUGACAGUCUGAUUAAGGAGAAGGAUGUGGAGCUGCAGCAUCUUGCAAACACACUGAAGAACCUGCAGAGAGCAAAGCAAGAUGUAGAAGAUAACUUGAACAGAACACUGAGGGAGAAGGACUCCAUCAUUAGCCAGCUGCAGCUCUCCCUGGAGGUCAAGACUAAGGAUAUGGAGGAAAUGUCCGAAUCGACGCUGAGCCAGUCGCAGAGUCACACUCGUGACCUCGCUGAACAGAUGGGCCAGAGGUUAAAGGUCACAGAGGCUAUGCUGGCUGAGACUGUGAAAGCCAGAGAGAGGCUGGUUGCUGACAACGAGAGUGCUGUGGACGGACUGUUGGCUACAAUCAGCAGCAAGGACCAGCUCAUCAAGGAGUCUGCAGAGCACGACAACCGCAUGCUGUCUGAGCGCACUCAGGAGAUCCAGCAACUGAGGAAGCAGCUGGCUGACAGGCAGCAGGAGCUCGUCGCUGCUGACCAGCAAAGCUCCGCAACGGCCCAGGAGGGUUAUUUAGAGACGGUCGAGCUCCGGGCGCUGCUCGCCGAGAAAGACGGCAUCAUCAAUAAGCUUCUCCAGCGGGGUCAGGAGAGGGACCAGUUUCCGGCCGAGGUGAGGCAGAAAGAGGAGCCCGAUCAUAUCCUGGAGCUCAGGCAAAGCAUCCAAAUCAUGCAGGAGAAGUUGGACGAGAAGGAAGAAGCUGUGCUGUCCAGGAAGAGCAGUGAGGAGAAUAUGGAGAAUAUUCUGCCCUCCAAAAAGACAGUUGUCGUCUUGAAAAAGGAGCUCGCGCAGAAAACCGAGGCACUGAAUAAAGCACUGAAGAGGGAGAAUGAACUGAAGAUGUCUUUGGCAGAGCUACAGUCAUUGCUAUCGGAACUGGAGGGUCGCAAUGAAGGCCACGCUGCUAAUGUCGAGUCUCUGACUGCCACGCUGAAGACCAAAGAUGAGAUCAUCGAUGAUCUUCACGAGUGCCUCCGCCAGAGAGGGGACAGUCGGGCCGAUCAUACCCGGGAUCAGGUCACUGGCUCUGGCAUGGAGAGAUCACUCCCAGCUCUCCCUCAGAGAGAGAGAACCAUGAUCGGUGGCGAUAGCCAGCAAGAAGCUUUGCCAAACCUUGUAGCUUUGCAACAGGAGCACGAUGCUCUGAACAAAGCACUGAGAGCUGAACAGCAGCUCUACUCCAGCCUGGUCAGGACUGUAAAGGAGCAGGACAGCGCCCAGCGUCUCCAUGCUCUGCAGCUGGAGCUGACAGCAGUGCAGCUUCUCAGGCAGCAGCUCGAGGAGAGCAUCAGAACUAACGAGCAGCUCAGGGACGACCUGGAGAGAGAGAUGCAUCGCGCCAAACUCCGAGAAGGUACGGACCUGGUUAAUCCUAAAGAACUGCAGAGCAUGAGACAUCAGCUGGAAGACGCACAGCGCUGGAACGCCUCGCUGCAGGCUCGCUUAGGAGCCAUUCAGAACCGUGGAGGAGGGGUGGGCGGAGCUAAUGACGGUGGUGACACUUUCAGUUUCAUCGGGGAUCAGACGUCCUACAUGAGCAUCUGUGUGGGGGAGGGGCCGGAUGACAGCUCGUCUGCACCGCAGCUGAGGCAGAAGGUGCUGGAGCUGCAGGAGUGUGUGAGCAGCCUGCAGGCCGUAAACAACGAGCUACAGAACCGUCUGUCGCUGUUGGAGAGGUCAGACCGCGAUGCUUAUGAAGACGAAGACGUGGCCAGCAGCAGCCCCUUGAAACAGCAGCUUGAGGAAACGCAGGAGGUGCAGCCCGUGGCCCCCGGUAACAGGACGCAUCACUCCUGUCAGGAUGAAGAGACUCAGACAGACAUCAAACUGGGACAGACGGUAUCUGGAAAGCUUGUGGGUGAUACAAGUCUGGACAGUGGCCUUGGCCAGAGUAGAGAGCAUGCUCAGUCUGGCAACAACACCUUGGACACUGGAGAGAGAGGUUCACGGCAGAGCAACACAGAUGCAAUGGCACUUCAAUCCCUGCUUACUCAUUGCGGGGCCACAUCAGUCUUGCACCUGAGAGAGGAGUUGCUCAGACUUAGAUCAGAAAAUGUGGAGCUGCGAGGUCUCCUGAAGGAACAAACAUCGACUGAAUGCAAAGAGAAAGAGAGCACAGACGCCUCUGGAAACAGCAGUGAUGGACAGGCGGAAUUGAAAAGGAGUGUUGAAACACUGCAGGCCGAGUUAAGAGGUCAGUCUAAGGUCAUCAAUCUGUUGAGGGAAAAGGAAGAGAAGAACUCGACGGAAGCGUCCGAUGGGGGGGCCCCUGUCACCACGGAGAUGAUAGUUGGCGCCACAGAGGGGAUGAAGAGUCAGACUAAAGGCCCGUCAAGCAGCAAGUGUACAAGGCAGCAUGGGGAUGGUGCCAGAUCUCGCCUCCCAGUCCCUGUGAGGCUGAGGGUGGAGGCGAGCAGCAGCAGGCAGCCCGUCAGCGCUGACCAUCUCAAAACUGAUGCACUUCAGCACCUUCACUUGGAUGGUGUGUGCAGGGCCGACCAGCCGCCGCAUGAAGACUCCACCUCGUCGCCCCGUCAGAGCACUUCCUCUUUUUACACGCUCGCGUACGCACAUCGUACCGGCAGUCCAGUGGGGUCGGAUGUGGGCUCUGAAGCCGGAACAACGCCGGAUCACACCCAGGCCAACUCCGCCCUUUUCCUUCAGCUGGAGCUCCUCCACCAGGACUGUCAGGAGAAAGAGGCCGUGAUCAACAAACUGAGUGAGCGGCUCGCUGAUUGGGAAGAGCUCCACGCUGAGCUCCAGGAAAAAGACCGUCUCAAUCGCCAGUACGUGGAGGCCUUGCAGGCUGCAGAGUCCACCAUCGCUUACUUGACCGCCUGCAGUCUGGACAGCCAGGGGCGAUUUGGGUCGCAUACCAGUCCAUGUACAGGUCCCGUCUCGGUGGGUUCCGAUUCAGCCAUUUACAGCCGAUGCGCGGAGCUGCAAAAAGCCCUACAGGAGAAGGAGGAGCUCAACAAGUAUCUCGUGGAGCUUCUGAGCCUGACGGAGACGGCAAUCGGCUCCACUGGCACCCAAGAAAGAGGAUUCGGUGAUUUAUGUUUGAAGAUAGAGAUGGCCUUGCAACAGGCGAACGCAUCUUCAACUAGGCCGAGCCCCAGAUGUGGUCUUGGAGGCACCGAGUACUCUAUGCAGGAGCUGCAACGACACACCGACUCUUUGCAGGGGGCACUGUGGCAGCAGGAUCUGCUCAAUGCAGAGCUGCAGGAAAAACUGAGGGCGGCAGACGCUGCUGCUCGACAUGGCUACGAUGGCCCGGAUGGUAAAUGUUCCAGGCAGAUAGCGGCAGAGUCACUGAAGGAAAGGGAAUUAAAGGGACAUCAAUGGGAAAUGGGUAGUUACACUCAUUUGAAUCAGGAGAUGAGCGUAGUUCUGAUGAACUGCCUCGGUGCAGCGGAGGCUGCUGUUGCCUCUCUGGCAGCACACUGUACAAAUACCAGCUCCUCGGCUUCUGGUAGGUCAUCACAGACCGGUUCUGAGUUUCAGAUGAAUUUAGACACACUUCAGAGAGCCCUGCAAGAGAGGCAGGAGUUGGGAGAACCCGCCCAGUCAACCAGCAACUCUAGCAGCAGUCCAUCCCCUGCUUCAUCUGGACCAAACGGACAACUCCACCAAGAGCUCCACGGCAACCUCUGCCGCCUCUUCAAGGUCUUUGGUGAUCACCAUCACAGGAUCUCCGAUCUCCAGGCCUCCGUAGAAGAAGAGAAGGGCCGUCGAGAGGAGAGCGAGGGCCGCGGGACGGUGCUGGACGACACGGGAUUACCGCCGAGUGUCCAGGCUGAGCUGGAGACCCUCCAUAAGGCGCUGAGGGAGAAGAGGAAAGCGUGUAAAAGCCUGGAGGAGAAACUGGCCACGGCUCUGACUUCUCCUGAAACCGCACGCAGAGCUCUGGAGCAGGAUGACAAAGGCGUGCAGGUGGAUUUGCAGGACCUGGGUUACGAAACCAGUGGCAAGAGUGAGAACGAUAGGGAAGAGAGCAGUAGCACAGAUCUCGAGGUUGGUGCAAACCCUCGUUGCAGUGCUUCCAGUCUGCCUUUCCAACACGAGCAGGCCACCUUCUCCUCUACUGAGAACCUGGACUCCACCUCCAGCACCCCGUACCCCAGCUCCCCGGCGCUCAGCUCAGCCAAGGUCAGUCUGAAAAGCCUGCAGGUCUACGACGAGUACGGCGUAUCUAAGGACCCUCUGCAGCUCCAGGGACAAGUCCGGGAGCUGAAGGUGCAGCUGGAAAACCAGACCAAACUCAUCCUCCAAAUGCAGAGUCCUCUGCGUAGGAACUCUCUCUCCGGUGAGCUCGUUGCCAACGCCGCCGAUCCCUCAACCGUCAAGGAUCAAGAAGGGACGCAGCGGCGGGAUCAUACCCGAGAUGGGGGCUACGGAAGUGGGCAGCUGGGGGAGAAAAAGGAGGGUGAGAACCAGGCUGAUAAAAGAAGCUCUCUGAAUCUGGACCUGGAAAGAGAAAGCACGGUGAACAGAAGCAUGAGUGAACAGCUGCAGCAGACCCGCAGCCACUCCACCUCACCUGCAAGACUGGACUCCUUGGUGCAGUCGCAGGCCAGGGAGCUGUCCCAGCUCAGGCAGCAGAUCAAGGAGAGCCGCCGGCUCGGGGCGCUGCAGCGGCGGCAGCUGGAUGAGCUGAGCAAGGCCUUCAAGGAGCUGCUGCAGGCCGGCGAGGUGGACUACUACAUGGGAGAGGCGGUGAAAGAGCAGCUGGACAAGAGCCUGGGCAUCCUGGACCGGCUUGAAGGACGGCUGGACAAAGGAGAGUCUCGGCUGGUUAAUGAGGACGUGGUGGCCUUGGAUCUGUCUCGGAGGUUGAGCAAAGAGCUGCAGGAGAAGAACCGUCUGAUCCAGAGCCUGCAGAGUCAGAUCAGAGGCAGAGGCCCCAGCAGCCAACACAGCUCUCACUCUGAUCCGUACCACUCAGACAGGACCUCCUCCUGCUCCUCCUCCUCCUCCUGCCGAAGCAGCCCGGCCAGCGGCCAUCAAGCCGACGGCCAGCGUCACCCUUCUGAUUGGACAGGAGCAGGUGUCCCUCCUGUGGGCGGAGCUCUAGAGGACGCUGUGUCUGGUGCCCCCGGCAGACUGCAGGGCCUGCAGCGGGAGAACGGGCGCCUGCAGGACCGGCUGAGGGGCAGCGAGGAGCUCAACGCCAGCCUGCGCAGUGAACUGGACCUGCAUCGCUCAAUUAUGGCCCAGACCAGCUCCCAUCAUCAGGAACAGGAUCAGGACCAGGACCAGGACCAGGACCACGACGGAUCAGGGCCUCAGACUCCAUUUCAAAAACGAGACGAAGACAUUGUCUCACAGAAGAACGCUGCCGAACAGCCUCGCGCUGUGACCUCAGACUUGCUGGCAGAACAUCUGCAGGAGAUCCGCGUGCUGCGCCAGCGCCUGGAGGAGAGCAUCCAAACCAACGACCGCCUCAGGGAGCAGCUGGAGAAGAGACUAGCGGAGGUGGAGAAAGAUCCAGCAGCCACCAACAUCUUCAUCCACGGUAACGAGGAGCAGGGUCAGCUGACCAAUGAGGUGCGAUUCCUCUGGGGACAAAACCAAGUCCUGAAGGACCAGCUCAGCCUGAUGUCUAAAGACAAGCAGAAGGAGCGCGAGAAGCUCCGGGAGGCUCUGGCCAGGCGGACGGCCAAACUGGAGCAGAGCAGGGCGGAGAGUGAAGAGCUGACGCAGGAAAACAACCAACUGCAGGAGAGGCUGGACCACAGCAGCCAGGAAAACUCCCAGCUGCGGCAGUCUGUGCACAGGUUGCAGUGUGAGGUGAAGCUACAGGUGCAGCAGCUGUCUGACUCUCAGCAUCUUCUGCGGUCGCUGCGGGUGGAGCUGCAAGUUUAUGAAAAGAUGAAGACGGAAGCUCACAAACCAAACGAAGGCGGCGAGCCGACCCACGAGGCGACCCACGAGCCGACCCCCGUCCGGCCCUGCGGCGCCGUGGACCUGAGCGAGCUGCUGCUGGAGAUCCGACGCCUGAGGCUGCAGCUGGAGCGGAGCAUCCAGACCAACACGGCGCUGCGGCAGAGGCUGGAGGAGCAGCUGCUCCGAGGACCCAACCGCUCUGAAACCAUCAACAUCAACUACCUGCUGUCAUCUCCAGAAGAAGGCGGCCGAUCACCGGGUCCUCACCGCCACUCCUUUCAGAGUCGCGGCGAACACACCGGUGUCCUCCCUGAUGAGAAAUGUGGCGCUCCCCCCGAGGUGGACCGGGGCUCGUUCAGCAGCAGCUCCGGCGACAGCGUCAACAGCGCCCCCUCCCGCCUGGUGCCGGGCCACCGGAUGUGGGCCGACCGCAACGGGCGCCACAUCCUGGGUCUGAUCGAGGACUACAACGCCCUCCGCAGGCAGAUCUCGGAGGGGCGUAAGCUGUCGCGCUGCAUGGACCAACAGCUGCAGGAGAGUCUGCACGCGCUCAAACUGCAGCCCUCUGACAACAAGGUGACGGAGCAGCAGCAUCUGAAGAGCGUGUCCGGCAGCGUGAGCGCCAUGCAGCACGUUUUAGACGAGGCCGGUCGGAUGCUCAAACUGGUGUGGAGAGUCUCUCUGCCAGCGGGUCACACAGCGGGGGACGGAGGCCGCAACCAGCAGGAUGAGCUGCUGAGAACCGAGAUCUUGCGCCUGAAGAGCCGGCUGUCGCAGCAGGAGAGGAUGCUGAGCGGCGCCGUCAAACGCCUCCGCACCACCAACCAGCUCAAGGAGGGGAUGGAGAAGGUCAUCAUUGACCAGUUGUAUCUAACCCAUGGAGUGUUGAAGAAAGCCAGAGGGAAUUUAGAGACACAUUACUGCACCCUCUCAGGAGGUUCCCGUCAACGGCCAGUAGGGGACCCGGCGGAGCGUCAUCCGGAGCAGAUGCGCAUCCGUGUCACUCGAAGACGCUCUGAAUCCUCCGAGGAGCACAGAAGCGACGCCUCUUUACACUCCAGCUCCUAAAUCUGCUCCUCUGCUUUUCGAUAAUGUAGCUACCGAAUGUUCACCGGGCCUUUUCCCGCCUUCCUGUCCUGCUGUAAAACCGUCACCCUACUCAUCGAUAUCGAAGCCUUUUUGUACUACUGCACCUGACCGGCAUUUCGUUAGAUUUACUGUAGGUCCUGAAGUUGUAAAAGUUCCUUUCUUUUUAAAGAAGAUGCCUUUGUAAAUAGUAAUUACUGCGAUUUAAAUAUGUUCCUUUUAUUGUUUUUAUAUUAUGCAUCUAAGAACAUGAAAGUGUAUAUUUUAUUACAGACGUAUUGUUUUUACCUUUUUUGUUUUCAUUGGUCAGUUUCUGUAUCCAAUGGUUCUGGACUUCUGUGUGUUCAGUGAAUUAUGUGCAAAUGCAGUAAAGAAAAGAAUUUAAUGAUGAAACACAUUUGUGGUACAAGUACAUUUAUUAGCGUAUACAUUGGGUUUAAGUACACAUUUAAACGUGAACAUGGAGGAGAACAGAUGGGAAAAUAAUAACAUCCUAAAGAGCAUACCUGCAAACUUGUCACCUUUCGGUGAAAUUCACCGUUUUGAAAUAAAAAUAGGUCAUCCACGUGAA